AUGAGUGCCCGAACAUAUCCCGAGGAGGGCAGGGCGUUGUCGUCUACGGCGGCUCGACGGACGUUUCUCCGUCCGCUGUCGCCCUCCCGUCCACAAGUCGAAACCUUCGCCCAGCCAGCGGGUCAGGUUAAGUGGUCCACUCGUCGAACUCUUAUAAGCAGUAGCAACAACCUCACCUCAACUCCUUCCACCGACGCCCGACGGCUGGCAACCAAGGUCGCGUACUACUCGACCAUGCGCAUCCACAUCAAACGCGUGCAAUACGCCCUCGAAGAAGAAAAACGCACGUUGUUUUACAAGGAACUGGCCGUGUACCUCGUGUUUCUGUUUAUCAUGCUCGUGACGCUGUGCGAGCUGCAUGUGCAAGUGCCGUUCGAGCACAACGACGGUCUCGACCAGCUGUUUUGGUCGCAAGAGUUCCCAAACCAAUCGUACAAAAAGACAGUUGAUGACGUGGCGUGUCCUGACGACAUCUGGCAGUGGUUCCAGGGGGUGCUACACCCUGGCUACUACAACACGACCCAGCGCAACAGUUUUCGCGUGUCCAGCGUUCAAAUCCGGUUUAGCCGCGUCCAAGGCCAGCUGUGUCGGACCGUGGCGUCGACGCUCGUCUCGCUCUUCCCCGCGCAGUCCUGUUACCCUGCGUUUGAACACGGCGUCCAAGACACGGCUCCGUAUGGAGAUGACGGCUACGGAGGGUCAUUUGUGUACGAAACCGGGUUGCGAACUCUGGACAGGUCGUUGUUGUACACGCCAAAUUUGUGGAACUUUCGCAUGGACUAUGGCACUGGAGGGUAUACGGUGUACUUGCCCCGUGACAACGCGGACGUGGGGGCCGCCAUGUUGGCGGCAUUGGCACAGAACCUUGUCCUGCCUAGCACCCGGUACGUUUCUGCGACGUGGGCUUUGUACAACCCGAGCACGGACGUCGUGAGCCAGCUGCACGUGCUGUUUGAAAUCAGCUCCACCGACCGCAUCCAAACAUCGUACCGAGUGAGCAGCUUUGAGCUGCGCGAAAUCCACUCGAUCCAGGCGGUGGCGCUGGACACGCAGAGCUUGCUCAUGGUGUUCUUGGGACUGGUCACCGUGGGGUUUAGCUACCGCGAGGUGCAGUCGAUUGCGGACGGCGGUGUUCUGUCGUAUGCGAAAUCUGCGUGGAAUUACUUUGAAGUGAUCCAGCUCGUGUGUUUGUACGGGCUAGUAGUUGCGUGGUUUAUGUACCUUGUGGAAUGCCACUACGCCGUGCCACUGCUGCAGCAUGUUAUUCAAGACAUAUCAUGCACCACACCCACGAGUGGCCGCGAUUGUUUUGUCGAAUUGACGUCGAUGGCUGACCGAGUGGACACGAUCAACAACUUGGGGGCGACGCUGGCCCUGGUUAGCGCUGCGAUCGUGUUCAAGUACCUCCGCCUCAACACCCGCCUCAACAUGCUGUGGGAGACGCUUCGACUCGCCGCGAGGGACUUGAUUGCGUUUGUGUUUAUCUUUAUGUUUGUGUUCUUUGGGUAUGCGAUCAUGGGGUUCCUGCUCUUUGGCACGCACUCGCAAGACUACCGCAGUCUCUCGGACAGCUUGACGGCGUGCUUUCAAAUGCUCCUGGGGGCGUUCGACUACUCGUCCCUUGCAGCCGCCAACCCCGUCAUGUCGGGCGUGUUUUUCUUUUCGUUUAUGAUCCUCGUGUUUCUGAUCGUGGUAAACAUGUUUGUGGCCAUCCUGAGCGAGUACUACACGCUCGCCCAAGCCGCGAAGCGCGAAUCGGACGACAAAAAGAAGCGCCUGCUUCACGCCACCGCUGCCACCGACGAAGAAGAGUACGUCGAGUACGACGUCGUCAAGCAACUCGAGUCGUUUGUACAAGACUUGCGGUGGCGCGUCAAGUUUAGUCGGAAAGACCCCGUACCCCUCGUGGGGAAUUCGUGCGUGUUAGUCGUGGACUAUGCGUAUUUGAUGGCCGAGCGUGCCAGGUUGCGCACCAAAUUUCGCCUCGCGUUUCUCGUCGUGCGCACGUGCAUUCGGUGGUUCCCCCGGCCGUUUGACCGGGGGGAUGGUACUACCCGGCUCAGCAGCGUUGGGGGGACGCAUCGCGGCCUGCCCCCCAAAGCCCACCCCACGCGCCAUCUAAACUACACCAAGUUCCCCGUCACUUACGUGCCGUUGUACUCGAAAUCCGCCGUGCCAUUAACCAUGAUCGAACAGCUCGAGCCUGGCAUGGUGUUAGAUCUCGACGACGGGUCGCUUACGUUUGAUCGCAUUUGCCUCGAAGUGCUCGGUCCACAACACUUGUAUCUGGCGCACGACGCCAACGACGACCCCGCCGACGACAAACCGCCGCUGUCCCCUCGAACGCAUUUCGGGCUGCAUCAUGUACAUUCAGCGCUAGGCAGUGGCAGCCACAUCAAGUGCUGUCGGGUCAAAUACCAAGGCGAGAUCAUACUCACCGGCCACGAAACGUGCGUCGUGUCCAGACGUGUAUGGGUGAAGUACCUGCUCGCACGGCUUGCCGCUGUCGUGGGUGCCGUGUUGACCAUGUCAUGGUGGCGUCGUCGAUUCCAAUCGUCGUCAAACGGGAAGUUCAUGUCCAGAAGGAAACGCCUCAUCUUGGAUGAUGACUUGGCCAUGUUAUUGCGGGCCCAAACUGUCCAAGAUGACAGCGCGUCGUCGUCGUGUCGGUUUGACGAACUCGUGCGCCAGUUCCGGCUGUUUUUGGCAAAGCAGGCACGGCAGGGCGCGGUUCGCAUCCCGAGCCACGACUUGGAAACGUGCGUGACCCACGAAGCCAUUGCGUUUGUCGAGCGGUUUCCCACAGCGCUCUUACCCUUGGACAAGCGCGAGCUCGUGGGGUAUAAGUACGUGCCAGCCCCUGCCGAUACGUCGGCCUUCCGCCUCCCCAACAGCAUUGCCCGAUUGUCUGAAUUCCUCGCCCAAAAUGCCCACGAAGUGUGGUCCGAGAGCCGGAUUGCCCAAGGGUGGAAGUGGGGGCCCCAUCGCGACAACGACAAGAAACUGCACCCCGAUUUGUUGUCGUAUGGGCAAUUGACUGACAACGCCAAGCAAUACGACCGGGAAUCGUCGAUUGAAACCCUCAAAGUCAUCCAAGCGCUGGGGUAUACCAUCCACCCGAAGGGGGCAUCGUUGCAUCCGCCCCCCGCCUCGACCACGUUGGCCCCCAGCGACGACGGCGGGAUCACACAAGUGUGGGAUGUUGAGUUUGGCGUCGCGGCCCCGCAAGGCGAAACGUACGUUCCGAAACCGAUUACGACCACGGACAUCGACUUGUCGAGCGAACUCACAUCGUUGGUGGAGCUCCUCGCGGAGAAUUCCCACGAUGUGUGGGCCAAAAAGCGCAUGCACGAAGGUUGGGUGUAUGGCCCGCGACGAAAUGACGCUACCAAGGAGCACGACGGACUCGUGCCGUAUGUGUACUUGACGUCGGAAGAAAAGGAUAUGGACAGGAACAGUGCCGUCCAAACAGUCAAGUGCAUCUUGCGGUGUGGGUUUACCUUUCAACACAAACGCACGAAUACCAGGGCCAAAUUCCGGAUGUUUGGGGGGCAGCCGAAAUCGUCCGAGUCAGAUCUAAAGCCCCUUCCUCCGCUUUCCGCGGCGAAAGCAAGCGCCGUGCAAAGUCCUGUACCAUCGACACCUAAUGCAGUCGUCGACCACCACGUCUUGCCGAACCCCCCCGCGGACUUGGCAUUGCCACAAGUCCACCAACUUCACAUCAAUAUCCAGCAUUGACACGCGCUUGCCGUUGACGUACAAUUGGAGUGAAAUGUGUGGGCCCAUAAUUGUUAUACUAGUACACCGGGCCAUAUGAUGUGUUAUUGCUUUAACGUUAC